GCAAUUUACAGAAGAGGUAGCAUUUUCUUACUGCAGAAGCCAACCCAGCGAGACGAAAAUGGUGUCCACAUGUCGACAGAUCCUGGGCCUUUCCCUGUCCAUGCUUGGUUUCUUGGGAAGUAUCGUGGUUUGCGCCCUUCCGAUGUGGAGGAUGUCAGCAUUCAUUGGAGCCAAUAUCGUGACUGCCCAGAUCAUUUGGGAGGGCUUGUGGAUGACAUGUGUUGUACAGAGCACAGGACAGAUGCAGUGCAAGAUUUACGACUCGCUAUUGGCUCUACCCCAGGACUUGCAAGCUGCUAGGGCACUUGUGGUCAUCGCCAUCAUCGUCUGCAUCUUUGGGCUCCUCCUGGGGAUUGCUGGUGGAAAAUGUACCAACUUUGUGGAGAAGGAAGACUCAAAGGUGAAAGUUGCCAUUGCCAGUGGUGUCAUCUUCAUUGUUGCUGGAGUGCUGCUCCUGGUGCCUUUAUGUUGGUCUGCUAACACCAUCGUAAGGGACUUCUACAAUCCUUUGCUCUCUGAUGGCCAACGGAGGGAGAUGGGAGCUUGUCUUUACAUUGGCUGGGGUGCUGCUGCUUUGCUCAUUCUUGGAGGAGGUAUGCUGUGUAGCUCCUGCCCGCCCAAGGAGGAGAACUUCGCGCACAAGUAUACUCAGCCACGAUCCACUACCAACAGCAAAGCCUACGUCUGAGCCAUACAGUGCUGUAACGCACAAAGACUCUCACUUGUCAAGAUUCUUCAUUCAGAAUGCCUCUUCAUACCAGAUCCGUCUAGUUCUCUGGUCUGACGGGAAAUGUGAGAUUACAUGUCUGAAAUGUCAAAGGCUAUAUACAAAGAGUUUGCAGUACGAUUAUAGACAGAUGUUUUUAAUAGGUAAUGAACGAAAUCAAACACGUAUCUUUAAUCACGGUAUUUCAAUUAUUGUAUUUACGCCUGGUUUGGGCAACAGAAAUAGUCCCACUAAUAAAUGAAAGUCUAAAACUGUAUGCCUUAAAUUGUAUACAUUGUGUAUUAUCCUAUACCUGAAGUUUACUGUUUUAUUUUCUGAAUUCUUUGUUGAAUAUUUGUGCUGCAACUGUUGUAUAAAAACAUAAAACAGCUUGUCACCACUUCCUUUUAAAGCAUCUUGAAACAUUUAAACGAUAACUUUGUUAAAGGUAUUAACCGUUUUUAAAGAAUGUAUUUAUUUAAAAAGUUUUGUACACUUUUAAAAGAUAUCUGUAAAAAAAACUAACAUUUUCUGUAAACUGAAAAAAAAAAGAAAUGUAGCAUAAAAUAUUUUUCCCUGUAAAAUGAUAAGAUAUGAAGAUAUAUACUAAAUUUUUUCACUAUG